AAACAAGAGUUUUUUUUUUUUUUUUUUUUGAAAGUUUGUGAGACAUUGUACUAAAAGAUCAAACAAAGCAAACAAAACGACGACAUUUUUGAAUGGAAAUUCUGAGAACAGAAAGAGGCAACACUUUUCUUUUAUUGGUGUAAAUAAAAAAGAUUGCGUUAAGCAGAAAAAAAUAAUUGAACGAGCUCACACAUACAAUAGAGAAUACAAAUCAAAAUUGCUUUGCAAUAAUUAACAAUUGAAACUUUUUUUUUAACAUAAUUAUAAUCCACGAAAAGUUUAGACCACAAUUUAUUACAAUGACUACGAAUACGUCGUGCGUUUUACGAUCAGUUAACAACAAAGCGAAAACCAAUCAUAAAAACAACUCAAACGCUGAUUCCAACGAUAAUGAUAUAAAGCCGAAUAUGCCAUUGUCAAGUCCAAAUGGCCUAAAUAAUUCAUUGUCACUUUCCCCAAGCACUGAUACAUCCGUUAAGGCCAUUGCUAAUGCUAUUAAUUCUUCUGCUAAUAGUCGAGGCGCCAUAACAAUUAUCCCGAUUGUUAAUGCAACCGCCGGUUCGACCACUCAAAACUUUGCGAAUCGAACUAUGCAAACCGAUGAAGACUUCAAUAUACGCUUUGUCAAUCUUGUGCGUACGCACAAGUGCUUAUAUGACAAGAAAGUUCCCGAAUAUCGUAAUCGUGAUAAUCAGGAAAAAGCCUGGUUGCAGAUCUCAUUAGAAACGAAAGAAAGCGUAAUUCACUGUAAGGAACGUUGGCGCAAUUUACGAGCAUGUUUAUCACGCUAUAUCAAGCAGCAAUGCGGUUCAGAUCCUCAACAUAAGCCCUACUACCUAACCGAGCACAUGGCAUUUUUGUUGCCCUUUCUCAAAUCUACAAGAAACUCGAUAGAUGCGAACAGUAGUUUAGCAUCUUUAUAUGAGUACUCUCAACAGCAACUCCAACAACAAGCAAAUAAUAAUAACAACAACAACGGUACGAAUACAUCUUCAGGAUUACAAAUCGUAGUGCAACCACCACGUAAAUUUGAUGAAGAACAUCAAGAGUUGGAAGUGAAGCAUUCUCUAUCAGACAACGAAGACGAAGAAACUAUUGACGCUUUUGAUCCAGCCGUAACAGUUAAUUUACACAUGCAGCACAAUAAUCGAACGUCACCGGGUUUGAGUGAUACAGCAAGUGCGAAUACUUUACAGAAUUUCAUACCCGACGUUCAGUUGUCAGAACUUAGGACACCAGAUGGAGCGCAAGACAUCGCGUAUGCAAACAAUCAUCAUCAUCAUAUGAGCCGAGAAGCAUAUGAUCACGUUCAUCAACCAAAACGAAUUAAAUCCGAGUGCCAUCCAAGCGAUACUACCAGUACAGGGCAUUUUCAUUUAUGCGCCAGAGAGGAUGCGGAUAUGGAAUUUUUUCGUAGCAUAUUACCCGAUAUCGCAAGCCUAACACCCCAACAAAAGCGAAAAUUGAAAAUAGGUAUUCUUGAGCUAAUCGACGACGUAGUCGAUCGUUAUCCCGCCGAAUACAGCUCUCAUGCGGCAACUCCUAGUCAAAAUAAUUCUGCCAAAACAAGACGUAAUUCCUCACGAGAAUGUCGAAAAUAAUAUAAAAAUAAAAUUAUUAUUCAUGCGUAAGUUUUAUAGUUAAUUUCUCACUAUUAAACUUGACGGCGUUCCUCAGCGUAGAUCGAUCCA